AUGGCCGGAUACUCCAGUGCGCUCAAUACGGAUUUCGCUCCGGAAUCAGCGCGGAGGAUGCAACGAUCUGCGAUCGAUGCUAUCAGGAAUGCCAGGGAAUCCUCCGUAUACGCGAUUACGAGGAACGAGAGCAAAAGAGUCGGGCGAAGAAUAGUAUCGUUAAUAAUUUGCCUCUCGUUGCUGAUGACAAUGGAGGUGAAGACAGUGGCAGCUAUGAACGUGACAAACGUAUCGUCCGUGGUAGUGUCGACGCUGAAGCCGUUUACAACGACGGAAGUAGUUUAUCAGCGAUUCGCCAUCGAGCCGAUGGAUCAAACCGCGGUGAUUGGCAGCCGGGUGACGCUUCCAUGCCGAGUUCUCGAUCAAAAGGGGCCCAUUCAAUGGACCAAGGACGACUUUGGCCUAGGAGCUGUUAGGAAUCUCACCGGAUACGAGCGAUACGCCAUGAUCGGUAGCGAUGAAGAAGGUGAUUUUUCGCUGCACAUAUAUCCGGUGGAACUCGAGGACGACGGCACGUAUCAAUGUCAGGCUUCGCCGACAAACGACGGACAGCCGGCUUUACGAUCGAGAUUUGCCAAGCUGAGCGUACUAGUACCACCGCAAAAGCCGAAGAUCUUACAGGGUGACUUCCUCGUCACCACCGAAGAUCGCGAGCUGGUGAUCGAAUGUAUAAGCAGCGCCGGAAAACCACCGGCGGAGAUCACGUGGAUCGAUGGACUGGGCAACGUGCUACGCCAUGGCAUCAAAACCACGAAGGAAGCGUACGAUAACGGUCCGCUGAUUACUGUAAAGUCCGUCCUGAGAGUGAUGCCGCGAAAGGAUCACGACAACACGACUUUCACGUGCCAAAGUCAAAAUAUGGCGGAUCGUUCGCCGCAAAGCGCCAAACUUCGCGUCGAGGUACGUUACGCACCAAAGGUGUCCCUCUCAAAGAUCGAUCGCAUCGUCGAAGGUUCCGAGCUUAGAUUCAAGUGUUGCGCCGAGGCCAAUCCACCUGAUGUAGAAUAUAGAUGGUUUAUCAACAAGAAAAAGGUGAUCGGAGACUACACCACGGAGAUGAUUAUUCAUAAUGCUACCCGUGAGCUGCACGACGCGACCGUAAAGUGCGAGGUUUCGAAUGAAGUCGGUAAAAGUGAGGAGAGCCAAACCCUGGAUAUAAGAUACGGCCCGCAGUUUCGGCACCCGCCGCUCUCUGUGGAAACACAUUACGGCGCCACGGAGAUCCUGCAGUGCGACGUAGACGGGAAUCCAAUGCCCGAGAUCGAGUGGUACCACGAGGAUUCGGACCGAAUGGUCGCCAACAGUCCGAACAUAAGCGUCGUUGUGAGCUCUGACACUGCCGGCCGUUACUACUGCAAGGCCCGUGUGCGCGGCUUUCCAGAAUUAACUGGCCAUGCCAACAUCUACAUUCGCGCGCCGCCCAGCAUAGUGUCGCAAAGGAUCCAAUAUGUGCCUGACGAAGGAGUGGUCAAGGUUAAGUGCACCGCGAUAUCCGUGCCAAAAGCGGAAUCGGUGGUGUGGAGCUUCGCCGGUCGCGAGCUCAAUUUCACGUCGAACAAUACGCCGUUCUACGUGCAAGAGGAAUACGCGGCCGAGAGGAUAGUCAGCACUGUCACCCUACUGGAUCCCAUAUCGACGUACUUUGGGGAUUACAACUGCACGGUUACGAACAGCUUCGGCACGGAUUCUGUCAUCAUCAAACUGACAGCACACACGUUGAUUCCAGUCGAUUGGCAACUGAUCUUGAUCAUCGCCGGGCUGGUUGUCUGCGUGAUCCUAAUUGGCAUAAUAGUCAUACUCAUUCUACAAUGUCGCGAUCGUAUUAAGCAGCCACGACCGCGUACGGCACAGAAUCAAGAGACUGAUUUGCAGGAAACGGAUUCUAAUGCCGAUCGAUACAGAGAAAGCGAUAGGAGCAGCAACCUCUCGGAUGUCAAAGCGGACAUCAGAGCGGGAUCCAGUGUUAGCAACGCGGAAAGUGUGACAGCCCUUGACAGUGAAGGCGAAGGAAGUACCAGAGGAGUAAACGCUUUGGCGCUUGCUGGACCAGUGCCGAAUCCAUUAUCCGGUUAUCGUUAUAGCGCUGAUUAUACUGAGCCUUCCUUCCCGCCGAAGAACAACGAUGGCAGUAACAACAACGGUUAUGUGCCAUACGUUGACUACACUCGCGAUUAUAUGCCACCAACGACACAGAGCAUGGGCGCUUCGCGAGAGUCCUUGAGCAGGAUAUCCACGAGUGGUAUCUUAUCAUCGAAAAAAAUCGGACUUAGCUCGGCCAAUCUGGGUAGCUCGACUCCACAAACAACGCCGAUCGAUCCGCGAUUUUCCGCGACAUAUGGCAAUCCCUAUCUCAGAAUGUCAGCGGCUGAACAGCUCCGACACGCGCCGCACACUGCCGUGCCGGGAGUCACGCCGGCACCACCGCCGUACACGCAGGCAAUGAGAAUGAAUAGCUUGAAUACCUUGAACGGCGCUGGCCCUCAGGCUCCAUUGUCAGCGCAUUAUAUCACCGGCGGUCCAAACGGGGCCAUGGCGACGGUGAAGCGCACAUCCGCAGUGGGCACGUUAGCGACGCACGUAUGAGGCCAGGGGAUCUAUCCGAAUUAGAACCGUCGAUACUCGGGCCUAACUGAAACCACCUUCGAACUCGGCCGUGCCCUCGAGACGUCCCGCUACUUGCUCGGUCCGCGCCCGGCGACGUUGAAAUCGACGACGCGC